CGCUUUCCCGCCGCUGCCGGGCGGCUCCACCCCGCCACCGCCCCGCGCCCCUCCUCCCCGCUCCUUCCUCCUCCUCGUCCCGCGGCGGCGCGGGCGGCCAUGGCGCGGCGCGGCCGGCGGCGGCGGGGGGCGGCUGCGGCGGGGACCCGCGGCAAGAAACAGAUACCCAAGGAUGUGGCCGACAUUUUUAAUGCCCCCAGUGACAGUGAAGAUUUUCCAGGAUUCCAAGAUGAUGCUUCCAAACAGGGCUUCUUGUCAGAGAACAACUAUACUAGUGUUGAUUCCCUGGAGUCUGGAAAAGAGGGGCUCCGGUUCCAGUCCAGGUACCUCACUGAGGAGCUGCGGAGGAUUUUCACCGAGGACACCGACUCUGAAACGGAGGUGUUUGAGGGCUUCGCUUCAAACGAGGUGCAUGUGAACAAGAAAGAAGUUCUGAUGGUGGAGUCAGACUUGAGUGAUGAAGAACGUAAUAAUUUGUUGGGUAAUGAGAAAGAAGAGGAGGAAGAGGUGAAGAAGAUUUCCCCCAAGAGAAGAAGCUUUGGCCUUCGUGUUGCUUUACAGUUUCCCACCAGGAAGUCAUCUGAGAAAAAAGUGCCUGAACAGGCUUUGUCUGAUUUACCUCUAAAGGACAGUGAAUCUCUCACACCUCGUUCAAAACAAAUAAGCCUCAAGCAGCCAGUCAAAGUAGAGGGCUCUGCUUCAGAGUCUGAAGAAGACAUUAAAGAAACACAGGAGGAAAGUUCCAGUGCACUGCUUAAGAGAGCCAUAAAUAUUAAAGAAAAUAAAGCCAUGCUUGCCCAGCUGCUGGCAGAACUGAAUUCCAUACCGGACCUGUUCCCAGUGAAAACGCCCACCUCGACUCCUUCAAAGCAGAAGAAAACCCCAAGGAGGACAUUUUCUGAAGGCCAGAUAGCACGUCGAAUGAAUCCAACCAGAAAUGCUCGUCCACCAGAAAAAUUUGCUUUGGAAAAAUUUACUAUGUCAGCUGUCAAAUUUGCAGAACACAUCCGUAGCUACAGACAACAAAACCUCUUGAAGAGACUCAGUGUGCAGGGGGAUUCUGGAGUACGCAAAAGGAGGAGAUUAUCCAAGUAUUCGUCUCAUCGUCCAGUAGAAGACAUAACUGAGGAGGACUUGGACAACAUUGCAAUCACUGUUAGAGACAAAAUCUAUGACAAAGUUCUAGGUAGUACUUGCCACCAGUGUCGACAGAAGACAACUGAUACAAAGACAAUCUGUCGCAACCAGGGCUGUGGAGGAGUGAGGGGGCAGUUCUGUGGGCCAUGCCUUCGGAAUCGAUAUGGUGAGGAUGUGAAGUCAGCUCUGCUCGAUCCAGCCUGGAUCUGUCCACCUUGUCGCGGGGUGUGCAACUGCAGCUACUGCCGCCGGCGGGACGGGCGCUGUGCCACCGGCAUGCUCAUCCACCUGGCCAAGUUCUAUGGCUACAACAAUGUCAAGGAGUACCUGGAAAGUUUACAAAAACAACUGGCGGAUGACAAUUGAGAAACUGAACUCAAGCUGUGCCUGCAACUUGGUUAAUACGUUAACAAUUUGACUUCAAAAGUUUAUUACUAUGUUUUAUAUAAAAUAGAAUUGUAGUGUAUAGCAUAUUCAUUUCUGUAUCGGGAAUUUUUUGGUUGAUAUGGUCUUAUGCAAAAGAUCUCUCAGGAAAAUGUUUUGGUAGAGAAAUAUUCAUGCACAGACCUAUAUGUUUAAGUGAAAUGGCACUCUUGAACUUUGAGUGGUUAAUUUUUAAUAGAGCCACAACCACAUGAUGGAGAGCUUGGUCAAAAUGAGCAAUAUUUUUAUUUAUAUAAUUGUGUGAGUUUGCAGAAAGGGUGUUUAACAACUACCUUCAAAGCAUCCCGUCUUCAAAGAAACAAAACACCCUUGUCUACCAGCUCAACCAUAAAGAUCCAUUCUUCCAGCUCUGCUCUCUGAACCUGUUCCACCACCUGUAGUUUAUAGAACUUGGCCUUGCAAAGAAGGAAAAGGUACUUUCAUCUGAAUGCCAUUAUAUUCCAGCCAAAGCUGAUGCAAUUGACCAGCGGGAGAAUGGUUUUUAAAAAUUUUAUUCCAAAGUGCAAUUAUUCACCAAAACAUGAAAGUAGAAGAGUUAAAAAAAAAUUUAAAUAUCCCAGUAAAAAAACCAACAAAACUCGGCAGCAGUUUUUGUGUAGUGCACCUGCUGCCUGAAGCAUAUACCCAGCCGUUGUAACUGGUCUAUAUCAGAGUUCAGGAUUAAUUUGUUUUACUUACGGUUCAUACUUACAUCUCUUUCCAUUUGUACAACCAGGCUUUCAAACAACUUUGUUUAAAUGCAACAAAUCUUUAUUGCAUGUUAAAGUAUGUUAAAAUUUGUGUAAGAUACACAUUUCAUUUUAUGUAGAGAGAAUAAAGACAGAUCUAAAGAGGA